GGUAGAAGUGUGAAAGGUUUACUCAAACUGGGUCGCUUCCGGUUUAGUGAAGCCAAAAACAAAAAAGUCACGGAGAGAGAGAGAUAGCUAUGGCGGAGGAGCACUUUGACGUUCUGACUAAAUCCGGUGAAAAGACCGGUGUUUCCAAACCCAGGGGAGAGAUUCACCGAGACGGAGAUUACCAUCGUGCAGUUCAUGUCUGGAUCUUUGUGGAGAGCACUCAACAACUCCUUCUCCAACUCCGAGCUGAUGACAAAGAUUCAUGGCCUGGACUAUGGGACAUUUCUAGUGCUGGCCAUAUCACAGCUGGUGAUCCUUCUCUUUUAUCGGCCCAGCGAGAGCUCGAGGAAGAGCUUGGUGUUAAACUCCCAAAAGAUGCCUUUGAAAAGAUAUUCGUCUUUCUGCAAGAAUGUGUCACAAACAAUGGAAAGUUCAUAAAUAAUGAGUUCAAUGAUGUGUAUCUUGUUACAAUUCUGCAUCCAAUUCCAUUAGAAGCCUUUACACUUCAAGUAGAGGAAGUCUCUGCUGUAAAAUACAUUCCUUACGAAGAGUACAGAAACUUUCUGGCUAAGGAAGAUCCUGCUUAUGUGCCAUAUGAUGUAAAUGGAGAGUAUGGAAAACUAUUUGACAUAAUCAGACAGAGGUGCCAAGUGAACACUGAGGCUCGUAAACUAUCUCUGCAAAAGCAACUUCAGAGAUAUUCCCCUGUCACCCUUGAAGCAAAAUUGACAGAACUCUCUGAAAGAGAUCAGAAAGCGUUGGGGCUGAUUGUGAAGGCUGCAAGAAUUAUGGACGAUAUAUUUUUUGAGCAGGUUUGGAACAGCAAUCCAGCUCUAAGAGAUUGGCUGAAGGAUCAUGCCAAUGCAUCAGAACUGGACAAAUUAAAAUGGGAAUACUUCCUCAUCAACAAAAGUCCAUGGUCGUCUCUUGAUGAAAAUGCAGCAUUUUUGAGUACGGCAGAUUCAGCUGUAAAGUUGCUUCCUGAAGGAACAAAAUCCGUUGCUGGCUGGAAGGGUCUUGAAUAUAGAGCAGCCUUUCCAGUUACUAAACCACCUGGUUCUAAUUUCUAUCCUCCUGAUAUGGAUAAAACGGAGUUCACCUUAUGGCUCAAUGGUCUUACGGAAGAGCAAAAACAUGCUGCAACAGGAUUUUUCAGUGUUAUAAGAAGGCAAAGUGAAUCUAAUCUAGCUGAUCAUCUUGUCAGCAGCACAAAGAAACUAGACACUGAUUCCGAUCUGUAUAGUAUUCCUUAUUCAGAAGCUUAUGGACCUUUCCUCAAGAAAGCUUCUGAACUUUUGCACAAAGCUGGGGACUUGGUCAGUUCGCCAAGUUUGAAGAAGCUACUGCACAGCAAAGCUGAAGCCUUCCUUUCAAAUGAGUACUAUGAGUCAGACAUCGCAUGGAUGGACUUGGAUUCAAAGUUGGAUAUUACCAUUGGUCCAUAUGAGACAUAUGAGGAUGAAAUCUUUGGGUACAAGGCUACCUUUGAAACCUUCAUCGGUAUUCGAGAUGAUAAAGCCACAGCUGAUCUGAAACUCUUUGGUGACAAUCUCAAGCUAUUGGAAGAUAAUCUCCCACUUGACAGCGUAUACAAAUCGAAAGAUGUAUCUGCUGCUCCUAUUCGGGUCAUCCAGUUAAUUUACAAUUCCGGAGACGUGAGGGGUCCUCAGACAGUUGCUUACAAUUUGCCGAACGAUGAGAAAAUCGUCAAAUAUAGAGGAACAUCAAUGGUUAUGUUGAAAAACAUCCAAGAAGCAAAGUUUGAACAUAUUCUAAAGCCUAUAGCUGAAAUCACCAUCAGCAAGGAACAGCGAGGACUAGUUGAUUUUAAUUCUUUCUUCACUCACACCAUCUGCCAUGAAUGUUGCCAUGGCAUUGGUCCUCAUACGAUAACACUUCCUGAUGGCCAAACGUCUACAGUGAGAAAGGAACUGCAAGAAGUCCAUUCUGCAAUGGAAGAAGCAAAGGCAGAUAUAGUUGGUCUUUGGGCACUAAAGUUUCUCAUCACCAAGGGUUUGCUUUCCAAGAGUAUGGUAGAGAGUAUGUAUGUUUCUUUCCUUGCUGGAUGCUUUCGAUCCAUCCGGUUUGGUCUCACAGAAGCUCAUGGAAAAGGGCAAGCAUUGCAGUUCAACUGGUUAUAUGAGAAAGGAGCCUUUGUUUUCCACAAGGACUCGACCUUUUCGGUUGAUUUCGCUAAGGUCGAAGGUGCAGUUGAGAGUCUGAGCCAUGAGAUACUAACCAUCCAAGGAAAAGGUGACAAAAACGCAGCAACAUUGCUUCUGAAUAAGUACUGCAGCAUCACCGGACCAUUGAAAAAAGCUCUGGAGAAUCUCGAAAGCGUUAAGGUACCAGUGGAUAUAUCUCCAACAUUUCCAUUAGCAGAUGCAUUGCUGAAUUGAGAGAUUUGUCUCAAGCAAUGUUUCAGUUUCGCCUGAGUCUACGGUUUUGCAAAUAAGAACUCAGAUGAUCCAUCAUAACCAACUUCUGAACUUGAAGAGAGUUAUCUGAAUAAGGUGUUGUGUUCUUAUGCUGACAAAGUUGCUACCUUUAAAUCAUGAUCCAUUUGAAUGUUGAUGAUUCCAUUGAAUAAAGUUUGAGCGUUUUGUGA